AAAUUUUAGGAUUUCAAAUUUUGCUUUUCAUGGCACAAUAUUACAGUCAAAAUAAAAAAAUCGACGACUUUUUUCAGAAAGGGAAACGACGAUAAAGUUGUUUUAGAAAACGUGUCUGGAUUUUCUUACAAUAAUAAUUUAAUUGCCAUUAUGGGACCUAGCGGUUCGGGAAAAACCACUUUAUUAGGGGCCAUAUCAGGCAGACUUUCACAAAAAUUCGGACAUUUAAAAAUCAAUGAAAAAGUUAUAACCGACAAAACCAUAAGAAAUAUAUCAGCAUAUAUCCCGCAACAAAAUAUUUUUACGGAAACUUUAACGGUUUUAGAGCAUAUGACUUUUAUGGCUGCCUUAAAAUUAAACAAAUUGGACAAUAAAAUAAUUUUUAAACUUGUACAACAAUUUGGUUUGGAUAAAAAUACUUUAAUAAAUAAUUUAUCGGGUGGGGAAAAACGGAAAGUAGCCCUUAUUUCGGAACUUCUAUGUGAGCCGUAUGUUUUAUUUUGUGACGAAAUAACAACGGGUUUGGACAGCUUUAACGCCAUGUCGGUCGUUAAAAAGUUACAGGACGUUUCGAAUACAGGGAAAAUAGUUAUUUUGACAGUUCAUCAACCUUCAUCACAACUCUACGAAAUUUUUAAUAAUAUUAUUUUAAUGGCAAAUGGUAAAUUAAUUUUUCAGGGCACUAAGAAAGAAGGGGCGCAAUUUUUUGAACAACUUAAUUUCCGUUGUCCUGCCUCGUAUAACCCUUCGGAUUUCUAUUUGAAAUGCCUUAGUGACCAAGAUAUACAAAAUAAUUCAUUUUUGAUGAUUUUCGAUACCAUAGGGUUAAACACGUUAAAACCCAAAGAAAAAAUAAAAAAAUCCAUUCUUUUUCAACUAAAAUGGUUACUUUGGAGGGUUUUUAUCGACUCAAAAAGAAAUUUCAACAGGCAAUUAACAAGCUAUAUAAUUUUAAUGUUAUCAGGUCUUCUCAUUACACUCUCAUACACUAAUAUUACUAUAAACAGCGAAAACAGCGUGCAAAAUAUACAGGGUGCCAUACUUUUCAUUAUCUCCGAAUUAAUUUUCAGCCAUAUGUACUAUGUGAUUUUUGUAUUCCCUUCAGAAGUAAAUAUCUACUUAUUUGAAAAAGAGUUAUAUAAACCUCUUCCGUAUUUUUUAUCAAAAUUUGUUUCAACGCUGCCGUAUUGUUUUAUCAACUGCUUCAGCUAUGUAGUUAUUUAUUUUAUCUUUUUAAAGUUCUUAAAUGGAUUUAAUUAUUUUUUCCAAAUGCUGUCUAUAUUGUAUCUAACUACAGUAUCGUCUACUGCUUUUGGUUUAUGUCUAUCAGCACUAUUUCCAACAGUGAAGUACAUAGACCUAUUCAUAGUACCUAUAGAAGUACUAGUAAUGACCCUAUCUGGAAUGUGGAUAAAAAUUGAUACAGUUCCAACAAUUUUCAACCUUAUCAAAUAUAUAUCCCCAUUUUAUUUUACAUUUGAAAACCUGUCUAUAUUACAGUGGAACACCGUGGAGAUCUUUAAUGAGUGUACAAAUACAACAAAAUUAUGUAUUAGGAACGGCCAGGAUGUUUUACACGAAUUUGGUUUUCAUUCAACUAAUUUUGAAGUUAAUAUUAUUUAUUUACACAUUUUAACAAUAUUGUAUUGCCUUAUUGGGUACAUCGCUAUGAGAAUAAAAAUUUCCAAAUAUAGCAUUUAUUAAAC